AUGUUAAGAACAAUUUCUCAACUGACUCCUGUAGUAGCAUCAUUUCAAAUAUGGCUGAAACAUCAGCCAGUGUGUAGUUCAUAUAGUGUAAUUGGUUGUUACAGUAGUUCGUAUAACGAUUUAUCUCGCAUUACUACGCAUCGGCUUAAAUAUUGCGUGUUUUAUCUCUAUAAAGUUACGAGAAGAGAAUUUCAGCAGUCCAGUAAAACUGUCAUCACAUGCAGUCAGAUAAAAAAAGAAAAAAUGGCACCAACGCGUGUUAUUCUUUUUUCGUGUGGCAGUUAUAACCCUCCAACCAAUAUGCAUUUAAGAAUGUUUGAAAUUGCCAGAGAUCAUCUACAUAGAAUGGGCACGCAUAUUGUAGUUGGUGGAGUUAUAUCUCCAGUACAUGAUGCAUAUGCCAAAAAAGAACUAGCAAGUGCAACACACAGAUGUGCUAUGUUAAGAUUAGCCUUACAAAAUAAUGAUUGGAUUCGACUUAGUACUUGGGAAAUUAAACAAAAUGGUUGGUCAAGGACUAGAAUAACUUUACAAUACCAUCAAAAUUUAUUGAAUUCCAUGGUAUUUGAUUCAAACAAUAUUAAACAUAAUAUUCCAAUUGAAGAUCUGGAAUGGAUUCCAGAAAAUAUAAAAAAUAGUUCUGAUUGUACACCAAUUCAAAUUAAACUAUUAUGUGGUGCUGAUUUAUUAGAAAGUUUUGGAAUUUAUGAUCUUUGGAUGGAAGAAGAUAUUGAUGCUAUUGUUGGAGAACAUGGUCUUGUAGUUAUUACUAGAGAAGGUUCUAAUCCAAAUAAAUUUAUAUAUGAUUCAGACAUUCUUUCUAAACAUAUGCACAAUAUACACAUAGUAACUGAAUGGAUUCCAAAUGAAGUCAGUUCAAGUAAAAUAAGAAGAGCAUUAAAGCGAGGUGAAAGCGUCAGAUAUCUCUUACAAGAUGCUGUGAUUGAUUAUGUCUAUAAACAAGGAAUUUAUGAUGCAAAGACAACAGCAUCAACAAUUAAGUUGGAACUGACCUCGCCCAAUGCGAAUAAUUACUUGACCAUUGAUUCCAAGUAUCAAAGCACCUUUCUCACGCCGUCGCCUAGCGACGUUACCAUGGAAUCCCCGAGUCCGAUUGAAAUUAUAUCCAUCGAUGUGCCUGACACUGUUCUGCGUAAGAAUAUGCAGAACGCAACGAAUGUGGCUUGUGUCACCUCACGUCACGUCAGCGGCCUCGAGGAGGCGCGCGAGAAAUUUAUUAGCGCUCUCGUCGCCGAAAAUGGUAACGCCAAACAUAUAACAACCGCGAAGGCCGCGUAUCCAGGUCUCGCGAAACAGAUCAUCGCCACCGAAACCGGCGAGUCGCAGAUCCUCGACGAGGUAGGUUUCGUUGACGAUGAUAGAAAGAUCAGGAAGGUGGUGAGGGUACAGCCCCGAUCGAGUCAGCUGGAAGAAGUGUCCUCAUGUGUCGCCACUUCGUCGAAAUGCGAGAAUUUUGUUAAAAUUAAUGCGAGAUCAUCUAUCGAGGCUAAAGAUAGUACGGAUAAAUCUUUACAAAUGAUUGACAGAGCUCGAGUCCAAUACGAUAUUAUCGAUGUAGGAUUAGGAGAUAAUAGUGGCAAGAAUCGCAAUGUUAAAUCUUUGAUUUCGUCUUCAACUGUUUCGUCUACAAAGAUAUCUGCUAUAAAAAAUGGUGGAGGACGCCACGAAUGCGCCUUAUCUGAUUUCAGCGUGGAUAAAGAAGAUUACAGGUUGACAUGGUACGGUUUAGACGAUGCAGUUGAAGACGAAGUCCAAGAUGUAGAUGAAGAUUCUCGGUUAAGCAAGCAUAACUUUUUUGAGAAUCAGCAGGAAAAUCUACAAUACAAAAGCCAACAAGCUGAUCGAAAGAACAGCGAUGAAGUUUAUGAUCAAGACGGUUUUCCUAGCGAUGGUAUUCGAUGCUCAAAUACGCAAGUAUUAGUAGUGGUUAGUGCAAUGAUACAUAAUGCUUUCGAUAAAGAAGGAACGACAUUGAUUGUCGAAGAAAGUGGUGUACAGAGUAAAGGCGAGAUCACGAUAUACAAAGGUGAAUCAGAUGGAAGUAUCGACAAACUAAGUCUAUUGGUACAAUCACCUGUUCCAUCUUCAAUGAGUGAUGAAAGCACCGUAAAAAUACAAGAAAUAAUCGAUGAUGGAACGGAAAUGACGAAAGAAAAUUCUGAUGACUCACUAGAUGGAAAAUCCUUGAAACGAGAUGUAAGCUUAGAAAUAGAUGGUAAGUAUGUAAAGUCUGUGGUAAAUGCUUGCAAAAGUCCUAGGAAAACAAAGAACGGUCAAAUACGAGUAUAUACCAAUGAAAGUGAUGAGAAAUGGAUAAAAGAGAACGAAAAAGAGGAAAAGAAGAAUACCGAAUCAGGCACACAAUCAGAAGAAACAUUUUACAAAACUGUAUCAAAAUCAUCGUCGAAAUCAAGAAGUCCUAAAAAAGAAGGAAAAUCUCGUUUAAAUGGUCAGAAGACGGCUAGCAAUUCGAGAAUUUACGAGUCCACAGUGAUCAGCGACGAAAAAAAUAAAAAAUCAAAACAAUACGAUGUGCCUUUGAAAGGAAGUUUGGAUUCGGUGAUCACUACAAACGAUUCUAGAACAAUUCCUCGGAGAAAAUCGAAAACUGAGGAAAUGUUUUCGAAAAAAUCAAAGAGUUACGAGUCUAUUAAGAAAAUGCAAGAGAUAUGUUAUGAAGAUCCAUCGAAAGCUGAUAGCACUUCUCAGUUAAUUACAGCAAACGAAUUAGACAUGCAAACGGAUGAAUUUUGCUCUGUUUGUUGCUAUGUAAACGAGUUAUCUCUAAGAACGGAGGAUGUCAUUGGAACAGAAGAAGUGAUUCUACGUUCUAAUUGUAGCUCCAUCGCUGACGAGGAUUCGACAGAAUGCGAUAUUUGUAGUUCUUGGAAUUUGCAAGAAUCUACUGAUACUAUAGAUCGAAAACUCGUUUCCUCGACAACUGAUUGUGACCAACUGUGUGAAGUAUGCGAGAUCUGCAAUGAAAUCUGUGCCACGUUUAACCCCGAUCAGGAAUCAAGAUCUUAUUCUAUAACCAGAGAACCAAGAGAUUUGAUUCAAGGUCGGGCAUUUGAAUCUUCCUCGAGAAGUCUUCCAAAAGAUAGCUCCAGAAUCGGUGAUAGUAUUGCAAUUGAUCCAUCAUUGGAUGAAGAUAGUUUCGAGAUCGAGAAUUGUGGUUUUCAAAGUGGAUCAGAAUCAUUAGUUCACCAAAUUGAUGAAAAACAAUUAUCCAAGUCUUUUAAUAUUUCAGAUUCGGCCGUUAUCAAGAAAAAGUCACGAGACAAAUAUUUUAUUCCUAAGGAUGAGCUGGCUAUUCUGACCAGUGGCUCCAGACGCAUGAAUCGUAAAGGAUCCUUAUUCAGAAAAAAACCAAUUGAAGAUCCAGUUAAUGUUACUCAGGACAAGAGACGUUAUUCGUCAGUGGAUAAUCUUCAAUUAGCAAAAGCGUCUUCCAAAAACAAUGAUAAAGUUUUUAGGCCUAAGAAUAACAAGCUGAUUGGAUCUGCAGAUAAUAUACGUAUUUCCAGAAAUUCUAGAAGAUGUAAAUCACUGCAGAGAUCAGCAGACAAUGUUCGAUACAUGGAUUCAUCCACAGAUAACUUAGAUUCCCUAGUGGAGAACCUAGGAAGGGAGGAUGAUGCGCAAAAUGAUCUAAAUUGGAUGGAGAAGCCAAAGGUCAGAGACAACGAAACUGUAAAGAUGAUUCUGACCAAACAUGGCAUUAAGAUAAUCAGUGAGAAGGAAACUGCUCUGUAAUGAAAAAAAUAUAAUCUGUUUGAAAAAAAUCGCUCAUAUUAGUUACAAAAAAGUUACCAAAUAUAUAUUAUAUAUAAAACACAAAAAUUAGUUCGAAUUCUCGUUAGGCCAACUGCAAAUUCUAGGAUGCAGACUUAUCGACACUCUUGUGAUAAUUCUGAUCGAUAUAACUUCGACAGAUACAAGAUUUUUCAUAUUAUAAUAGAGAUCUAGUUAAUGAAUAUACGUAUCAAUAUAGAAAAUAAAAAAUAUAUAUAUUAUAUAUAUAUACAUAUAUUUAUAACUCGGAAAACAAAUUCUUUUCCGAAAGAAAGAGAAAUGCCAAAAAUGUUACAAUUUAAUCCUACUUACAAAUUCUAUUUAAUUAAUAACAAUGAUGUUCAUGCGAAGAGAUUCUUCAACAAAAUUUCUUCUUCAGAAAUAUUAUAUAAAAAGAAAAAUAGAGAAAAAUCUUGGCAUGACAUCAUUGGAUCGCACAUUGUUCUCCGUGAAGAAAAAAAAAGAAUUCUAAAAUGAUAUGCAUAUGAGAAUAUACAAGCCUUGGAAAUAUUUCUUUAAGAAAUACAACCAGAAAAAAAAAUAUAAUAUUAUAUAUUAUUAUUACGUUAACGAACUAAUUACGUUAAGAACUGUCGUAUAUAAUUAAACAAAUUAAAUAAAUCGCAAAGUGUAUUAUUAUAAUAUGCAUUUGAAGUAAAUUUACAGGAUGAAGAAUUAAAAAGAAGCUCAAAAACAUAUAUAAAAUAGAAUUAUAACAUAUAUAAAAUAAAAUUAUAGAAAUUCGAAGAGAAAUCUGGAUAAUGCACGAAGAUUCGAGAACAGCGAAUUAUCAAGACAAUCCUAUAAUUAACUCGUCAAUAUUAUAUUAAAAAAAAUAAAAAGAAAAUGAUUUUAAUUAAUUAUAAAAUAUUCUAUACAAAAUAUGUAAGAAUGAUAUAUGUUAGGAUGGGCUGCGAUACAUCGAUCGCGAAGAACGUGAUUAAUUGAUGUUUCUAAUGGAAUCCGCUGAUCUCAUUUUAUCCUUCAUUACAAAGAAAAAAAAAGGAUUAGAAAGAUAAAAAAGAUCGUGCGCUUUCAUUUUAAAUGUGAAAUAUUAUUCGUUAAUUCAAUUACAGACUGUCUUUCUGCGCGAUGAGUAUUGAUAUAAUUAAUUGAUUUACACAUACAUACACACAUUUGCCAAACAAAUUUAUAUUGAAAAUGUGCCAAUUGUUUUUUUAUAUCUUUGUAGAUAUCGUGCGUUUUUUACUAUCUCUCGAACGUCAUAUCUUUGUAUGAUAGUUUUUAAAUCGUUAAUAUGUAUUUUCUUAAAAAAACAAUAUAAAGAGAAAUCAAGAAGAGAGAGAGAUACGAAAAAUGUUUCUUGAUUCUAUUCAUCUAUUCUAUUCAUUAUCAUGCAUCUAU